CUCGUAGAGCCAAUCAGAGGCGUGCGGAAGGCGGGUUUGAGACGGGCGCAAGUUUAAUUAGUGGCCGCACUACCUAAGGAAUCAGCAACAAAGUAACCCGGAAAAAUCACGAAAUGUUGAGUUUAGGGUCGGGAGGUGGAAAAACAGCGAAGCCUUCCUUCGUGUCUUACGUUUCCCCUGAGGAAAUUAAAAAAAAGGAAAGUAAUGAUGACUUGAAGCCACACUUAUUACCAGGGGAACUUGUAAUUUGUGAAGCAAACACUGUUGUGAAAUAUAGUCGGGAAGAUUCAUUGCAACGGGGAUUUUAUGGAAAACUCAUCUGUACGAAUUUCAGGAUUUCCUUUCUAAGUGCUGAACAGUUGUUGGACGAUGUGGAACAAGCCUACAGGAAUAAGCUGAUGGGUGAAAAUGACAUAUCCUUACUUUGUGUGGACCAGAUCUUUGGAGUUUAUGAUGACAAAAAGAAGCCUCUACUACCUGGUGCUAUAAAGAACAGAAUUCCUGAGAAGCUACUUCUCUAUUGUAAAGAUUUUCGGGUCUUCCAGUUUGGCUUAAGAUAUUCCAAGGAAGAAGAUGCACGAAGGUUGAUCCGAGGGAUAGUUCACCAUUGUUUGAAUCCAACUUCUUUAAAAUGUUUGUUUGCUUUCUCCUAUGUUGGCACAACAGGUGGUCUUAAAGUUGGUCCUGGAGCAGCUGAAGAACCACCAACUGUAAUGUUUGAAACCAAAGUUGACUGGAAAGUGGAACUGGAUCGGACUGGAGGUCUACUGAGCAACAGAGUAAUUUCCAUUAAUGAAAAUUACCACAUCUGUACUCGACUUCCACAGUUCUUUGUUGUUCCUUCAUCUAUCACUGAUGAUGAUAUCAAGAAGUACAAAGGAAAAGGAAUACCUCUUUGGUGCUGGUCUCACUCCAGUGGUUGUGCAUUAAUGAAGAUGGCAGCUAUUCCUGAAACUGCUGAUGACAGCACUUCACAAAUGGACAAAGGCUGGAUUGACAGGUUACUUCAUGUUCUUGGAGAAACACAUCCCUUGAAUCACACAGUUAGGACAGAGGUCCUUUCAACCUCUCUCCCAAGUCUGCAGGAUAUACAAGCCUCGUACAGUAGAUUCAAACAGCUGUUUCUGAUGGAUAAUGCUGCAGAUUUCUGGGAAUCUGACAUUAAAUGGCUGUCCACCAUAGAGAAUGCAAGUUGGUUGGAAAUUAUCAGGCAAUGUCUGAAAAAGGCCUUGGAUGUUGUCGAAUGCCUGGAGCAUAAGAACACAUCUGUGGUGCUUGUCGAAGAAAAUUGCUCUGAUCUGUGCUGUGUAAUAGCUAGUCUGGUGCAGGUGAUUAUGGAUCCACAUUUUAGGACCAUAACUGGCUUCCAGAGUUUAAUUCAGAAGGAGUGGUUGAUGGGUUGCCAUUGCUUCCUGGACCGAUGCAAUCAUCUGCGAGGCAAUGAUAAAGAGGCACCAGUAUUUCUUCUCUUCUUGGAAUGUAUAUGGCAGUUACUUCAGCAAUACCCACCAGCCUUUGAAUUUACAGAGACGUACUUGACUAUAUUGUCAGACAGUAUGCAUGUCCCCAUCUUUAGCACCUUCCUGUUUAAUUCACCACACCAAAAGGAUAAUACCCAAAUGCUUGGUGAAGAUCGGGGUAUGCUUUGUAGAUCGUUGAAGCUUCCCACUGUGUGGGAAUGGUCUGUUCAAUUUGAGCAUUCUGUUCAAGCACUCUUUUAUAAUCCACUUUAUGUUGGAAAGCCAAAAUCUGGAAGUGUUAGAAGGACUCAGCGUGCUAAGGAAUCUGCACAGAAGUACUUGGAGAUUGUCCAUGAAAAAUUUCUGGAUAUACCAGAGCCACAACGUCAGAUGUCCCUGCCAUCAAGCCCAUCUUAUCACUCUAGACCUUCACCCAAAAGAGGAUUUUUGAGGGAAGAGACUGAUAACUUGAUAAAGACUUUCUUGGGCAAAAAGAUAAGCAAGUGGACAUUCACAGCUGAGGAUCCUUCAGCUGACUACAGACAGUUCUAUGAAAAUUGGUGCAGUAAACCAGUAGAUCAUCAUGGACUGCUGCUUCCUCUACACAAUGGUCCGGCUUUAAAAGUCUGGGGCCAGCGGUACUUGCGCUGGAUUCCAGAGGUUCAGAUACUGGGUGGUGGUUCAGCAAUUGCUCUGAACAAAGCCUGUGAAAUUGCAGAUGAAAUAAAGACUUUACAGACAAAAGUAUCAGAGAGGAUGCUUGAAAACCAUCCUUACUCCCUGAGCACUGACAUCUUUUCACCGUUUCAACAGGGCUGCCGUCUGUCUUCAACUUUUCCUUUUGGCACGUUGCGUAGGCAGUCUAUAAAGCCUCGCAUUCCAGUUUCUACAAAUCUCUCCAUGAGUUUUGGGUCAAUGGAGAACUUGCCAGAUGAUGAGGAGGAACUCGGUUUGCUAUAGCGCAGAACUCUCUACACAACAUUACAAAUUUGUUCUUUGCCCAGUGACUUUACCUAAAUAAGUUGCAAAAAUUUAAUUUAAUUUUGUCUUACACAGCUGUGAAUUUAAUGAAUUUCAGUGGCAUUCUGUUCCAGGGUUUUCUUGUCUCAGUUAGCUAAAGUUUGAAGCUGCUGUUGGUCCUUAACAGAAAGGACAAUAGAACUAAACUAUUGGUUUAGUAAUUUUGGCCUAAAGUUGGCUAGAGGGCAUUUUUGUGUUAUUAUUGUAGGACAUUUGGCAUAAAACAAUUCCAAAGCACCAGUGUUAAGGUUGGUUAAUAUGUCAGGAUAUUUUCUAAAUUACUGGUGCUGUGUAGGAAACUUGCCUAAUGAAGCGAAAAGAUAUGACUCCAUUCUAAAGAACUCGUACUCUGUGUUUUACAACUACUUUUCCCUAAACAGUUUAAAUCAAUCUUUUAGAAUUGUUCUUUUUCGGGUAAUUGUUUCUAAAACAUUUCUCAGAAGAUUGUUUAUAUUAAAAUAUGCAUUUUCAGUGGAUAUUCUCUCUUCCCCAAUUAAGAUUUUGAAUGCUGAUAACUGGAAAAUGGGCAAGAUAUGGAUUUUUUUCAAUAUAUGCACAACAUACCAACACGUGGGUUUUGCUGAGAUAAAAGCAAGUAAUAUUUACUGCCUAUUCAAAUUAUGGUUGCAAUUACCAGGCAAACACAGGGUUAUCCAUUUAUAGAUAAUAUGUAGUGUCUUGCAUGCAAUUUUGGAGCUGCUUCUAGCUACUGAGCUCUGAAAGCAUCAUCCUAUUUGCAUUUUCUGUUUUUUUUUAAAAAAGAAGUUGCCAUUUGUCAUCAUGGUUUCAUUUCAGAAAAUGGCAGCAUAAUUUACUAAUAUCAACAGUGAAUUACAAAUGUACAAAAUAAUAUAGAUAUAAAGCUGUAUACAAGUUUCUAAAAUGUCUAAUGCAGCUAAAAUCCGACAAGAACAAAGAAUAUGCUCCAGGACUUGUACAUAAUGGUGUGACUUUGGGUAUUAGAAAUUCCCACUGUAUUAGCAGAUGCUGUUGAGAUAGUUGAUACUGGAUUAACUGGUGUAUGAGCUGACCUGCUGUACUUCUGACUACAUAAAUGGGCAAAAUGGGGGGAGGGGGGCAUAAAAUCUAGUGAACACUACUGGGCAGUGCUGAUGUAUUAUAGGCUUAGUGUUCAUGCAAUAAAUCGUGUUUAAGAUAAUAUGGUCAGAGAAGCAGGAUUAAACUAAUAAAGUUAUCAAGCUGAAAUGUUAACUUAUUUUCUCUCAAUUCUCCAAAUAUAUGUACAGCUUGACCUACUGAGUUCUGUUAUUUUUGUACUUACACCAUCUACAGUUCCUUAAAUUUACUAGAAAUCCCUUGCUUUGAUACCAGAUACCUGAAAUGGAAAAGAGUAUUUUUUUCUUUGAAAAGCAUUACUUAUCAGAAAUUAUUACAUUUUUUUUUCAUAAAUGGAUUCAAAACAUUUAUGGAAAUACUGUUUGUUCUAUGGGGGAAAACAUCAGUGUACUUCUGGUAUAACUUGCAGUUUGUUCAUGGAUAAGACUGCAGCAGAACCACUGUUACUUUGUUCUGGAUUAUGGUAUUUUUUUCCUCAAGCAUUUCAAUUCAGGAUACUUAUGCAUUUUGUUUAAUUUUAAUCCCUUUGUGUCCCGAGUUUAAAGACAUGGUGAUAGCUCAGUAAAUCAAACUGCUCUGUGCCAAAGAAAUAAUCAUUCAAUGGUUAAAUUGCAACUGAAAGGUAAUGGAGUUUAAGCCUUAAGUGAUGUUACAGCUUAAGAGUGCCAUCUGUCUUGAAAUGCUUCUGCCAAAUAAUAAAGGAUGGUUGCAUUUAUGUAUUUUCAUUUCAAUAUAGGAUUUAGUUUGAACUAAUAUUACACAUAUUCCCUUAGAGAUACUGAAGCUAUUAUAUUUUAAAGUCUAACGAGGCAUAAAUCUUUAAUUAUAAAAAAGGCACAGAGACAACCUCUCAAUACCAUAAACUGCUGAUUGUACAGUGGUUGCAAAAUCCUAUCAAAAUUUACUAUUGAGUGGAUUUUGUCUUUCAAUGAAUAGUGCAUCUGUAAUUUGUUAUUGACUAGAUUAUAUAUUUUAAUCUAGUUGAGAGAGUAACUUUCCAGGUCUUCAACUAUCUAUUUAUUUAUUUACAAUCCAUUCCCACAAUGAGCAUUAAGACCCUUUUGUUCAAAAAGCUGAGAUUUCUUAUUUUGAAUUCUCAAAUGUUUAUAUGGAGUAAUUUGAUUUAAAAGUCCUCAGCUUCAGCAUUUUUGCACAUUAAAUAUACCUUUCAAAUUGUUGAUUUUUUUCCCCUUUUCCUGCAUAAUCAUUUUUAUUAUGGAAAACUUCAGAUCUAUUACGCAGAUUCUAGAGCAGGUUUAAUUGAAGCUGCAGAAGAAGCUGGAUUCCUGCUUUGUUUCCACCAGGAUAUUAUUUCUCAUUAUGCAUUAAUAUUUUUGUGUGACCAUAAGUACUAAGUGUAAUUUUUGAUUUUGAAAAGAUUAUUUUUCAGUUCAUUACCUUAUUUAUUAAGAGCCCUUUUACAUUAGUUUUCCAACAAAGGUGUGUUUAUUGUUCUCAAAAUGCAACUCAAUAUUUUUAUACAACCUUACAGGAAACAUUUAUAUGAGCCCACAAUAGCUUUCCUGGGUAAACUGAAUAUUUUUUAGUCACAAUGUUCUGUACUUUUGGUUAUAUGCAUAUUUAUAAUUUGGCCUUUAAUAUAAAGGGCACUAAAAUUUAAAAAAAACCUUUAAUUUUAAAGCUAUGUCUCUAUUUAAUCAACCUGUUGAAUCUGGUGGUUAAAUAUGGCUACUUUAGGUGGAAUUGGACAAUGCAAUGACUAGAAUUAGUAUGUUGACUGUAUAUAAAUGUGAGCUUUUUUGUGGUUAUAGGGUGCUUAUAAACAAUAAAAAUGACUGGAUGUAUUAAAAGAAAACAUUACUAUGUUUAUUCUGCUGUGCCAAAUAUCAUAAUACCUGCAGGUAAAUGAACAACUGGCAGUUUGCUUUUUUUGUAAUUUGUACAAAUUACACUGAGUUUAAGCUUCAAGUAGACGUGCAAAGUGAAGAACCAAGAACAUUUUCUUUAGAAAUGGAACACCAUUUCAACUUCUCUGUCCCCUCCCCUUAAAGCUCUCUGCUUGUAGAAAUUGCAGUGAAUCUUUUAUCACCUUGAUUUUAAUCCAUUUCGUACACUGGGUCACCACAACACUUCAUAUUUCAAAAGUUUUUUUAAUGUAAAGGCCAUAUGAUUUGUCUAAUUUCCUGUAUAUGGUAGUUCUCAUUUUGUGAUUUGUAUGCUUCUAUACAUUGAACAUUUCAGUUCUUGUUUUAGAAGUGAGAAUUUGACUACUGACCUGAUUCACAAGCAGCCUUAACCAUACUGUAUAAUACUGUAAAUUGUGUCAAAUUGCUUUAUUGUGCCUUGUUAAUAACAAAUUUGCAAAUAAUUUAAGAACACUGCAACAUGGUCUGUAUUUGUUGUUUUUUUUAUAUUAUGGGUGUUGCUAUAUCCAGUGUUUUUUUUAAAUGAAACAUGGAUACUUUGCUUCAGUUAUUUUCAUCUUUAAGGCCCUGUUUCCUUAGAAAAUUGUUGAAAAUGUAAUGUUUUCCCAAUUAAA